CUGACAUGACCGGGCGUCUGGGAGCGUAAUGCUGCUUUUAUUCAUCCGGUGAAUGAGCAGCUUCCUUCCGAUAAACCAGCGGGCUCAUGUUCUGCUCUUCACCUGUCUGUGUGCACCAAUGAUGCACUACUCCAACUGGCUCAUUGACGUGAAGAACAGGGCAAGCCUGAGAAAUGCGUGCAGGACAACCCCUGACACGGACUGGAUUAACAGUGUGCGGAACUACGGCGUGGAAACCCUGAACAACCUGCGGCCCAAUGAGAAAACGUCAGAGGCGCUGGUCACGAGCCACCUCUGGAGAAAAGGUUAUAAAAUAAUCAAGAAAAUUGGAGAGGGCACCUUUUCUGAGGUGCUGAAAGCUCAGAACCUUAAAGAUGGGAAGUUUUAUGCGUGUAAAACCAUGAAGCAGACAAUUAACAGUCUGGAAAAGGCCAACAACCUGCGGGAAGUCCAGGCCAUGAAGCGGCUCAGCCCUCACGCCAACAUCAUCCAGCUGCAUGAGCUGAUAUAUGACAAAGGAACAGGAACAGUGUCUCUGAUAUGCGAACUGAUGGAGAUGAACAUCUAUGAGCUCAUACAAGGUAGGACGGCUCAGGAAAACACUGUGUGUCCUCACUGGAGCUGGAUGUGCUCAGAGGAGGUUUGUGGCUCUGCAGGAAGGAGGACGCCUCUGCCUGACCAGACAGUGAAGAGCUACAUGUACCAGCUGUGCAGGUCCCUGGAGCACAUGCACAGGUGUGGGAUCUUUCAUCGAGAUGUAAAACCUGAAAAUAUCCUCAUCAAGCAAAACGUUUUGAAGCUGGGCGACUUCGGCUCGUGUCGCAGUGUGUACUCCAAGCCGCCGCACACCGAGUACAUCUCCACGCGUUGGUACCGGGCGCCGGAGUGCCUCCUGACCGACGGCUACUACACCCAGAAGAUGGACGUCUGGAGCGCCGGCUGUGUCUUCUUUGAGAUCCUGAGCCUGAGCCCUCUCUUCCCUGGAGCCAACGAGUUGGACCAGGUGGCCAAGAUCCACAACGUGUUGGGGACGCCAGAUCAAAGUCUGCUGCAGAAGUUCAAACAGUCGAGAGCGAUGCAAUUCAACUUCCCCCCAAAGAAAGGAACGGGCAUCUCGCGGCUGCUGCCCAGCUGCCCGGCGCCGGCCAUCUCUCUGCUUUACCAGAUGUUGGCCUACGACCCAGACGAGCGCAUCGCCGCAGACACCGCCCUGAAGCACACCUACUUCAGGGAAAUCAGGAUCGGAGAGAAGAAAUCAGAGACGCUUCAGAGGAUUUCUGAGAACGUGGACGGGAAGGGAAACACCGUGAAGUCGACGCACAGCUGGCGACUGACCAAACUGGGCAAACAGCUGAGAGGAAGACAGCCCAGACAGACGCCUCUAGUAAACCACAACCCGAAGCGAGCGGCGGACCCCCACAGCCGGAGGAACGCCCCCCACCUGGUGCAGCUGCCCAGACUCAACAUGACCGCUCACGGACAUCAGUUUCCGUUCCCUUUCUCUGCCGUUCCUGCUUUUACCCUCAACCACAAGCCGACACUGCCGCCCAUCUCACCAAAAAAGUGCCAGCCACAGCCCGAGGACGAGAUGCCUUGCAUAACCGUGAAGAACUUCUGCAUGCCACCUGUGGAGCGGGAAGGAGGAGGAACCUGAGAGCCAAAAUCCAGCCGUUUCAGAUUAAAAUCCGCCUGCUUGAACCGGACCGACCCGCAAAACGGAGCCAAACCUGGAGGAACCUGCUACACAAGCUGCCGUCUUCUCAGCGACUGCUGGGAUGGACGGCCAAAAUGUGCCGCAAUUCAACAAAUAAAUUAUUCAGUUAUUACGAUGCUGGGGAAAAGAAUUCCCUCCCGCUACAGAUUUCUUCUGUUUUUGCUUUUUAUUUAUAACAAAAAACCGGAGCAGUGUUUAAUGAUUAUUUCACCCAUUAAGUGUAAAUAUACCUGGUUCUGUGUGAAAAAGUGAUCAACCCCUUAAAACUAGCAGCUAUUCAUGAUAAAAAUUUGUAUUUUACAUGACGGACGAGGAACGUCAACCAGUCUUUGCUGCAUUGUUUUAAAUUUGACACAAGAGAGUGCAGACUUUGACUAGGCCACUCCAAUAGAAUCAUGAAAUGUGGUUGCUCUCAGUUGAUUCACGGUUUAUUACUUUCUCACAUUGUGCCGAGUUGGAGAGAUUUUCUCCCUUUAAUGAAUAAAAUAAUCAUUUUAAUA